AUGUCAACUAUCGCAGACUCAAAAAUUUCUGAAUUAAUAGAACAAUCAAGAGUGCUAACAGAACCCAAUGAAUACAAUUUGAAAUUUUGGAUAAAAACAACAGAAAAGUUACUUUUUGAUUCAGCCUUGGAAUCAGACAACUACGAAAAUGCAUACAAAAACGGAUUGAAAAUAGGCUCAAUAAUAAUUGAAAAAUUGCCUAAACAUAAAGACUAUAAGGAAUUAAUCGAGAGCAAAAAAGAUCCAGCACUUAGUAAAACUUAUCAUGAGUUAAAAAAAAAACUUCCUAGUGUUAUUGCUAAUACUGAACAAAUAGCACUCAAAAUACAUAAUAAGCAAGAUCAUUUGAAUAAAUAUAAGAUCACUGAUGUUUCACCAAACAAAAUCACCGAGCCUUCCACUUCAUCAAAUGCAUUAACUUCAAGUCAAAAUAUCAAUCAAAGCUUGGCUGAAAAAAAAAAUAUUGGAGAGAUAACAUCAUCUACAUCAUCUUCUAAUAUAAUUGACGAGAUUCCACUUUUAUCAGUACCCGAUGAUGCUCAAAAAAUUUUGUUGCUUGAUGUUAGACACAGGAAUGAUUUUGAUCAGGGUCAUAUAAAAGCAAAAAAUAUUAUUUGUUUAGAUCCUCUCAUUACAAAGGAUGGAAUUUCUUCCAUAGACAUAGAAUCUAAACUAUUAAUUUCUCCAAAAAAAGAAUUGGACCUUUUCAAAAAGCGUGAUGAUUUUGAUUUAAUUGUCUUAUAUGAUCAAGAUUCUGUUACUAUAUCUAUAACUGUCCAAAACAACCCUCUAAACAAUUUGAUAAAUGCAAUAUAUGAAACUGAAUAUGCAAAGGAGUUGAAACAAUCACCUUUGUUACUAUAUGGUGGUUUCGAUGCCUGGAAACAUUUGUAUGGUGAGAUAGGCAUUGAAUGUACUGUUGAUGAAGAAAAUCAAGAUAAUCGACUUGAAAAAUAUGAUGGUAGCUCUGUUAACAAUGGCUUUUCUGGAAAUGGUCAAAACCAUACACCAAGAACUAGAAUAAUUAAUCAUGAUAAAUCUAAAAGAAAAGGGGUUUUUAUUUCAGACAAUAAUUUAUCUUUGGCAGAGCAUUUUCAACAACCUGGAGGUAUUUAUAAAGAAUCAAUGGUCGGAGCUGAACAUCAAACAACUCACGGCUCAAAUCAUACUAUUAAUUCACCAGCCAAACCAUCAAAACAUAAAUUACCUGAAAAUAAAUCAACAGACUCACAAAAAGAACCUUCAACUACCCGGGGAGCUAGUAGUUUGAAACGACGUCAAACCAUUUUUGAUCAUCCUUAUAACGGUUUUACUACGACUUCCAAUAACGAACAACCAAUGGAAAUACCUAAUAGGCCAUCAUCAAGUACUGGUCAUUAUCACCAACGAUUUCCUAAUUCAGAAAGUUCAUUUUCACAGUUGGGUUCAGAUGUUGGAAUUUCUGGAUUAAAAAACCUUGGCAAUACUUGUUUCAUGAAUUCGAUCAUUCAAUGUUUAAGCGGCACUAUUCCAUUUGCUCGUUAUUUUUUAGAUGGAAGCUACAAAUAUCAUAUUAACAAAGUUAAUCCUUUAGGCACAAAAGGUGCUUUGGCUGAUGCAUUUGCAACUUUAAUUAGGGUGUUAUGGAAUGGUCAAUAUCCAAUUGUUUCUCCUGUAACAUUUAAACAGGCUAUUGGAAAAUUUGCACCUCAUUUUUCAGGAACUGAUCAACAAGAUUCUCAAGAAUUCCUUGCAUAUUUAUUAGACGGGCUGCAUGAAGAUUUGAACAUUGUGAAAGCUAAGCCCAAUAUCAGAGCAUUAACAAGGAAGGAAGAAGAAAGCAUGGAAGAUCUUCCAAUUCAAAUUGCAUCAGUACUAGAAUGGGAUAGAUAUAUGAUGCGUAAUUCAUCCAUUGUGGUUAGUUUAUUCCAAGGACAAUUUAGAAAUCAACUGAAAUGCUUAUCUUGUAAAAAGACUUCUACAACCUACAAUACAUUUAUGUAUUUAUCACUGCCAAUUCCUAAAACCAAAAAAAAAAAUAGUAUUGAUUUAUUACAAUGUUUGAAUGCUUUCGUUAAAGAAGAAAUUUUAGAGAAAGAAAAUGCAUGGAAUUGUCCCAGAUGUAAAUGUUUUCAACGUGCAACAAAGCGUCUUUCAAUUUCAAGAUUACCUGAUGUUCUUUUAAUACAUCUCAAGAGAUUUUCAUUUAAAGGACCAUUCAGAGAUAAAGUGGAAACCUUGGUUAAUUUUCCAUUAAAAAAACUAGAUUUAACAAGUUAUGUACCACCUCCAAUACCACAACCUGUCAACAUUCCUGGUAAAAACACAUCAGAGUCUUCCAACACAGACGAUGAAUCAAUAAAUUCUUUGCAACAGGUUGGACCUUUUAUAUACGAUUUAUAUGCAGUAUCAAAUCAUUAUGGUGGAUUGAAUGGUGGGCAUUAUACAGCAUGUGUACGAAAUGGAUUUAAAAAUGAAUGGUAUAACUUUGACGAUAGUCGUGUGUCAAAUUGUAAUGAAGGAUCUGUUAAGUCUCGUGCUGCAUAUAAUUUAUUCUAUGUCAGGAAUUAA